AUGUCUGACAACGAAGAAGAGCAUUACGACUUGGACGAGCCUAUGGACGAGACUGGAGCUGUCGACGAUGCGGGAGAUGCUUUUAUCACGACUGGCGAAGAAGUUGAGGGCGGCCGAGCUGUGCCAAGAGAUGAGAGAAUCACUACGCCCUUUAUGACAAAAUACGAGCGAGCGCGUAUUCUCGGAACUCGGGCGCUGCAGAUUGCGAUGAAUGCCCCCGUCAUGGUAGAACUGAGAGGAGAGACUGACCCCCUUGCGAUUGCGUUGAAAGAAUUGAAAGUGAAGAAAAUUCCGAUUAUCGUGCGUCGGUAUUUGCCUGAUGGAUCUUACGAGGAUUGCUACGGGUUUAAAUAA